GCAUACGUCGAUACUGCUUGCCAUGAUCAGCAGAGGAGAGGAGCUUGGCCCGUACAGUCGAGCGGCUUGUAGCUGGUGCCGGUUGCUUUGUCGCGUCGCGGGAUUUGUUUGAGCGGCAAAAAGAUUCAACACCAGCUGCAGUACUACUCAUCAUUGCUGAAGAGCUGUCUUUUCUCUGGUCCAUGCAAAGAUGAGCUGGUUCUGGUCCUCAGAGAAUAAGAACAAUGCAAGCUCAUGUCCCGUCCAGCACACACAGCCAAGCGCAAGUUGUCCCGUAGACAACAAAUUGCCAGCGCCACCCUCGAGCGAUGAAGCAGCCAGCUGUCCUGUUGUCAAGGAUGGACAAGUCAAUCCUCGCAAUUUCAUGCCAGAAUUCUCACAACGACCCAUCUCUGCGCGGCAAAAGGGUGCGCUACCAACGCAAAGAACUAUAUCGACCAUUCCGAAAGCCGCGAUGGAUAAUGACCCCGCGCCGCCUGUUGCAGAAGGUCAGAAAGAUGGGUUAUGGGUCUAUCCGUCACCCCAGCAAUUCUUCAAUGCAGUAUUGAAGAAGGGUUUUACAGAUACAGAAGAACGUGAUGUUCCAGCCAUGGUACAAAUACAUAAUCAAGUCAACGAACGUGCUUGGCAGGAAAUCCUCGCUUGGGAAGCAGACAAAGCACAACCGUGCGGUGGACCCAAAUUGGUUCAGUUUCGAGGCGAUGCCACAGUGCUCACCCCGAAAGCUCGGAUGCUCGGCUGGCUUGGGUAUGCGAGGCCCUUUGAUACGCAUUUCUGGACGGUCGAUCGGUGUGGCACCAAGGUCGAGUAUGUCAUUGAUUUCUACAAGGGCAAGCAAGGAGGUUCAUCUGCAUCGAGUGGGAAGCUGGCCAUGCCAAGUUUCUAUCUAGAUGUACGACCAGCUGGCGUCGAAGGCUUUCCCUCAAGACUAGCACGAGCACUGCAUCUAUAACGUCCCUUCUCAUAGCCCGUGGCGAGCACUUUUUAUACAUCGAACUCAUCCAAUGCCUGCCUCAGCACUGUCAUCAAAGUCUCAUUCUCAGGCUCAGUGCCCACAGUGAUACGCAGACAUCCUUCACAACCAACUUCAUUGCCUCUGAAGCGAACCACCACUUUUCGCGUCUGAGCAAGAGCUUCAUAGACUUGUAACGCAAGUGCAUUACUCACCUUGCCGGUCUUUGUAGAUUGAAUUUGUGCCAUGAUGAAAUUUGCCUCUGUUCCGCCAACGAGUUGUGAGACUUGUGGUAGGUCUUGUAGGUUCUUGGCAAGGCGUGUUCUGGAUGCAUUGAGUUGAGAGACGUGUUUUCGCAUUGUCUGUAGACCGUCAUCAGAGAGUGCUCGAAGGGCGAGAUCAGACGUGGGUGUGGAGAUGUUGUAUGGUGCUUUGAGUGCAUUCAUGAGACUUGCAACCGCAGGUGAACAAAA